GCUGUUUUGAACCAACCCGUCCUCUGCCGGGCGCCCUUCCGCGUGGCGCCCUGCCGUGGGCUCACUCACCGUGGUCACCCGCUCCGCCCCAUGCGGAGCCCAUGGCGGAGACCUGGUCCGAGGCGCCGGACUGGCAGGAAUCCGAACUGCGCCAAUCCCGCUGUGCCAGCCCCUGUCGUUGGAAGAAAGUGAAAAACAAAUUUGGGCUACAAGGAGCCGAAGAUCGGGAGGGCAAAGGCAAAAAGAUUGUUGACGCCCUUUGUCAGAUGGAGCUACGCGAAGCUGAUCAAGGUCGUGGCUCGAACUACGAGCUUUGGAAAGCUGCCAAAGAUGGCCAUUUCGGAGAACUCGAGCGUCUCAUUAAGGCAGGAAAAGCCGAUGUGAACUUCGAGGUCCAGCCCGAUGACCUGGAAGAGGAGGAUACCUUGUGGUACAAGAACCGGAAGGUCAGUUCCAAGGCGCUCCAUGCAGCUGCCAUGUGCCACAAGGAUGAGGCCUACGACUGUGUGAAAGCUUUGAUCGUCUACAAAGCGAAAGUUCAAGACAAGGCCCGCAUUGUGGACAGGGACGGGUCCACGCGUGAACUGGAGGCCAUUCAUUUGGCUGCUGGUGCUGGCAACUCGGAGAUCUUGAAGCUGCUAGUCAAGAACGAAGCCGACCCCAACGCAGAGGCGUUGCAAUGGUCAGAUCCCAAGCCACAGGCCGCGGCCAACAACCUCCUCAGCUGGCUCAGCUUUCGGCUGCUGGGUGGCCCUCCCAGCGGCGCCAUCCAACCCGCCGCACGGGUACGGCCGAGGGAGGCUGCGGCCUUCAAGGAGGUACACUACUACCCCAUCCAUGACGCGGCAUGGUUCGGGCAAAAGGAGAGCGUCGAAGCUUUGCUGGAAGAAAGAGCCAAUAUUUUUGCCAAAAACAAUGAGGGAAACACGGCGCUUCACUUGGCCGCCAAGCUGGGGCAUGCUGAUUUGGUGAAGUAUCUCCUCCACGAUCGCCAUACGAGCAACGCCAAACCUCCCAUGCCGAUGACUGAGAAAUUGUGCGGCGAACAGAAGGCAGAGGAGAAGCUUCAAUUGGUGAAGGAAAGUGCCAUGAAGGAAAGCUUGCAAUUGGUGAAGCGCAAGAAUUUUCAAGGCAAAGAUCCCUUGACCAUGGCCGUUGAGAGGGGGCACUUUCCGGCGAAGAAGCUGCACUUGUUCACGGAUGUGGUGAAAGCAGCCUUUAAGGAACAGGACGUCCGUACCGAAGGUCGUGUCCAAGCCUUCCUGAAAGUGGCCAAGACGUGCCCAGACGCCGCUCCCACACUGGUGCGAGUGGAUCCCAAUAACACCAAUAACCCCGACACGGUGGAUGAGCUCGAGGAGGGCAUUUUCAAGAAGGAGAUCAACCAGGAAUGGAAGGAAAGCAUCAUCAGCGGUGCGCGCAAGAAGCUCAUCACAGUGCCGACCUUGUGUGACCUCAUUGACUGUGCGCCGCAAUCGGCCAUCGACUUGCUGGACAUGCUCACCACGCAUCCCAAGGAAGAGAACAAACUACAUAAUCCCUUACCCGUCAGAGCUAACAUUCCCUACAGCCAGGAAGCCUGUCGUUUGUCAUGCGCCUACAUCGAGCCCCACAAGUGGACCUGGAGCGGCGGACCGGAUAUUCCUUGGCAGGUGAAGCUGGCACCACAGGACCCCAAGCGCAGCAGAGAGGUGAAAGUGAAGAUCCUCAUGUUGCCAGGCGUGAUCAACAGUUGCCUGGUUCAUAGCCUGGCGAUCACAAAGGACCAGAAGAUCUUCACAAAGCUCGUGGUCCAUGCGCUGCUGAAGCACCUUUGGGAAUCUUUCAGGCCGCUCUUCCUCGUGGACUUGGGGCACCAGUUCUUGUCCACGGCCGUCCUGAGCUAUUGGAUCCUUCUGGCCACACAGGUGGAGACGCCUCGGAUGAUCAGCUGCGCACUCUGGGGGAUCUUGGCCGCGGAGGGCAUCUUGGAGAUCGCCAUGUUCAUCUGGACCUGUGUGACUUGCCAUUCGAAACUCGGUCGACGGCUUUGUAUUCGCUGGAUGAAAAGAGCCUACUAUCGCUUCAUCAUGGGUGCCUGUGCCUUGGCUUUGGCCAUCGAGACUUCUCAGGACUAUGAGCCGGUCGCCAAUAGUUCGAUUCUACUCUCGAUCAAUAGCCUGCUUCAUUGGAUUACGAUGCUUUUCGAGAUCCGUGCGUUUCGCGCCACGGGCCGAAGGAUCUUGCCCAUCAUGAAGUCGGUUCUCCCGAUCGUUGGCAUGUUGGUCAUCAUGCUCUUCAUCUCCUUGGCCUUCAUGCACGCCUUCUGGGCGAUGGACCGCAGCGGCAUCACCGAGAUCUCCAUGUUCAACAUCGUGGUGCUCCUCUUUACUGGAGAACAAUUCCUAUCGCCUGAGGACUUGAUGGAGAUGCCACCGUCGAAGAUGACUGCAAUGAUUCUGCUGUCGAUAGGUGGCGUCUUCAUUUUCCUGACCUGUACCAUCAACGUCUUCAUCGCAGUGCUCUCGGACUGCUACGACCAGGAGCAGGAGAGGAUGGUCUGCACCUUUCUCAAGGAACGUGCGCGGAUCUGCAGCGGCUACUUCCUGCGCCCCAAGUUUAGAGCCUCAGGCUUUGGAUUCAUCCAGAAGGGGAUCACCAAGCUCAGCUGGUGGCGAUGGGUCAUCUUGGUGGUCGCGAUCAUUGGCUUGUACGCCCUGCUGCUGUACCUGAUCACUGAAAUCAAGCUGCUUACACGCUGGCUGAGUGCUAUCUAUCCCGCUGCAGCGGUCUUCGGUGUUCAGUGCAUCCUUCAUGAUGUGGCUACUGUGGACUGGAAGAGCAACUACCUCUGGUUCUGUCAUCAAGUGGAUGUUGAAGAGGAGAGUUUCCUGGCGCCGGAUCAGCGGGAUGAGGAGGAAACCAAUGGCCGCAUCACUCGCAUGAAGAAGUGCCCAGCGAUCAAGGAUUGCGAUCUGCGGAUUAAGGCCCUCUCUUCCACGAUGGAUGCAUGGCAGACGUCGAACAAGGAGAAUCUCGCAGUGCAGAUGAACGCAGUGUCAGAGGCGUUGAGCAAGGUCGAUGCCAAGGUUGACAAGCUGAUCGAUGAGCGGAAGGACUACGCACGCUGUGACACACCUGUGUCAAAGCUCGCCGGAAAAGCAGCAGGUCAGCGAGAGAAGACCGAAGAGGAGGUCCUGACCGCUGCACGAGGCGCUGGCUGGAGACCGGCCGAUCAGGACCCAGCUGAUACCUUGAGGCCACCACCCACUGAUACGAUGCCUCACGAAGAGCCGUCGAAGAGCCCCAAGGAGCCGUCGCCGCCGCGGGGGAGACCACCGCGCGACAGCCUCUUCGACGUUGGCGUUGGAGACAUCGACGCAUUGAAGGAGGAAGUGGGCUCGAUCAAGGGCAGUCUCAAGGAGAGCAGUUGUUGGGUCAAAGAACAGGGAGAGACCCAGGAGGAGCUGCGAACUCACUGUGAGGACGGGAACGGUGAACCAACAGCGGGAGACCCAACAGGAGCUUCAAAGAACUUGCAAGGACAUCCAGGACUUGCUGGCCCAGGUCGUGCGCAUCGCCGAGACCCGGCAGAGCCGAAAGUCCAAGAAGCGCCACGAAGGGGAGCCUGAGCCGCCCGGCGGCGCAGAGGUGAAUGGCCGCGGCAAUGAGCCUUGCUUCAGCCUCGGGUGAGCACUGUCGGCUUCGCCUCAAAGAAGGGCGGUGACCGCGCAGAGCCGGGGAUGGACUUCUUCAAGGGUUACUAAUUACUCC